GGGGCAACCGUCGGUCACGUGACACCCUGCGGCGCGCUCAGCUGAGCACCUGCAGAGCGCGGCGGAGGAGGAGGAGGAGGCGGAGUGGAGUUUGGAUGCUUCGGUCGAGCUGGACUGCUGCUUUUAACUCGAAUUGAGCACAAGUUCUCCGGCCAAGUUUCACUGAAGAAGUCGUGGAAUACCAGGGACAGGAAUGGAGCAUUCGAUAGCACGGGUCUGCUGUGUACUGUUGAGCCUCUUUGCCGGUUUGGCCACCGGUCUAGAGAUUACAUCUACGGGGCCGACAUCCAUAGAGAAGGCCAGUGGUCAGAGUGUGAAGCUGGACUGCCAGUUCACUCUGGCCCCUGAAGAUUCUGGACCGCUGGAUAUUGAAUGGAGCUUGUUGUCCUCUGACAACCAGAAAGAGGACAAAGUGGUGAUCCUCUACUCAGGUGACAGAGCCUACGAGGACUACUACGCCCCCAUGAGGGGUCGAGUUCACUUCAACUCAGCCGACCCCAAGAACGGCGACGCCUCCAUUAACCUGACGGGGCUGAAGUCAUCGGACUCGGGCACCUACCAGUGUAAGGUGAAGAAGGCUCCCGGUAUCCGCAGCAGGAAGAUGCUGCUGAUCGUCAUGGUGAAGCCAUCCAAGCCCAGGUGCUACACCGAAGGCCCCACACAGGAAGGCAAAGACGUUGUGCUGAGGUGCAUAUCUAGCGAGGGUACCAACCCUCUGCAAUACAGCUGGGAGAAGACCAGUGACAGCAAGCUGCUGCCUGCCUCUGCUGUGUUGGAUCCCGUGGGAGGCACCAUUAACGUGAGGAACGCAUCUGCCAGCGCAUCUGGCAGCUAUCGCUGCACUGCCAGCAACCGUGUUGGCACUGAGGACUGUAUUCUGUAUCUCAACGUGACACCUCCCCCCAACACUGCAGGCAUCAUCGCAGGAGUCAUAAUUGCUGUACUCCUGAUCCUCAUCAUUAUUGCCAUCAUCCUCUUCUGCUGUUGCCGUGCCCGUCACAGGAAGAAGUACGAGAAGGAAAUCUGCAAUGAGAUAAGAGAGGACGUGCCCCCUCCCAAGAGUCGCGUUUCAACGGCGCGCAGCUUCACCGUGGGCAGCCAGCGCUCCUCCCUGGGCUCCAUGUCGCCUUCCAACCUGCACGAGUACGCCCUGAAGCCCCAGUAUGACAAGAUUCCCUCAUCAGAGGAGUUCGAGAGGCCUCCAAGCCACGCCCCUCUGCCCCCGCCCACUGCCGCCAAGAUGGGCGGCCCCAACCUCAGCCGCAUGGGGGCCAUCCCCGUCAUGAUCCCUGCCCAGAACAGGGACGGCUCAAUCGUCUAGCCUGUCCUCUUCUCGGGAAGGGACUGUGCAACAAGGGGAGGGAACGGAGGAAAGGGGUAGGACACAAGCCAAUGAAGAUAGAGCAAGAGCUGGGAUGGGCUGACCCGCCUGACUUUUAGCUCUUCGUUAUUUACAAAUGGGAGUAUACUCCUCUUAUGAAGACCUGGCUCUGCUGUGGUGCUGAGAAGGAAUUUGAGUUGUAACCGGAAUCACAACAGAGCACAUUAACUUUUUAUUAAAUACAAAUACAAAAAAAACAACCUUUUAUGAAUUUUACUUCCUGGACUUUCUCACUGAAAAAUCAAUUAGUGUGGAUAUAAAGCAGAAUGGUCAAUAUACAAAUUAUAUUGUACAUAAGUGAAUGCAUUUUUUUUUUUUUUUUUUUAAUAUAGAUGGCCCUUGCUGUAGAGAUACUGUAUGUUUAAAACAGACCCAGGCCCCUAAUUGGCCAGCUGUGGAGCUGUAUGCAUGCAUGUAUGUAUAGAAUUGCAGUUGUGUGUGUGAAUAUAAGUGUAUGUAUGUGAAUGGGAGUUUGGGAAAUGUAUAGAUCAUUUAUUUGUCUUUUAAUGCCUACAUAACAGUAUGAUCAUUUUUCAGGCAAUCCAGUCUCUGCUAGUUUAUGACAAAUUGAAUGAAUUUCAUACAUUUAUUGUAAAACGAGAUGUUCUGACCAUUGGAAAAACUGAAAGACAGACUUAUUAGAAGAAAAUUCACAGAUUUGAAUUAAUCCUUCGACAGAGUUGAAAAAUGUCUAUUUAGGUCAGCUGUUUUCUGUUGAACCGUUUGUUGUUUGAAUUGUCCAGUCUGGGUUUGGAUGGGGGGCUGAAGUGGUCAGGAUUGGCUGGUGGUGAGGGGGAGGCUCAGCCCACCACAUCUUGUGAUUGGUUAGACUACUGCUUCUUAACCAAGCUUAAAAAACAAUAAAAGACCGCCAUCCCUCCUCCAGAGAUCUUAGAGGAGGUAGCGUAAGGGGAGCAGCUGGACGGCAAGGUUCACUGAGCAAUCAGUUUUGAUUGUGUUUGACUGUCAACAGGCCCCUAACCCCUGUGACCACCAGAACAUGUCCGCCUCCCUAAACACACACAUACACACACCAUAUUAGCAGGACAAGAGCACCGAGUCUUAAUCAUCAUCUGUAGAAUCAGUCACCGCCCUCAGAUGUCUGGCAUAUGUAAUCCUCCUUAUUUGCAGUUGCAUUACAAGGAGCCAAUAUCUUGAUUAACCUUCUCUCUGUGGUCAAUAUGAAACCUUUCAUGGCUUCUGUAGCAUUAAUUGGACUUUUUAAUGGAGGAUGUAAAGCCUGUGUACAUGAAGAAAGUGCCCACAAAGAGGAACAAAUGUGAAACGCCUUAGAAUGCUGAAUUGUGCUGCUCUGCAUCCACUUUACAACCACUUUGGUUUGUGAUCAUUUUGCAGUCUGGAUAAUUAUAAAUGUGUGUAGUCAGUCAGUGGCCAGUCCUUGCAGUUUGUGGGGUAUUCUACUCUUAAACCAUGCCCCACACCUUCCAUUGUUUGAAAUGUUUGAAAGCCCAACAUUUCAUCUUGUCGGCUACUUGACAAAAAAAAAACCCAGUAUGAAAACUUGGAGUGGGCAAACUGUGUUUCUUUUUGCUCUGACGCCUUAUUCUCUUCCUUAUUUUAGCCUUACACACCUCCCCUGAGUUCACCUCUGUACAGCCCUCACAGCUGGAUUCUAAUAACUUCUAUUGUGCCUUGUUGCCGCAGUUGAGUCAUAGGACGUCCGCCAAUGUGUGCCGUGCUAUGUGCAGUAGCAUCAUCCUGAAUGGCCAUCAUAGCCCACAGCCACUAGAACAAUAUAAUAAUCAGCACAUAGUGACCCCUUAUUGAUUUCUGUUGCCUCGAUCAAGUCGAGUCUAGGAUUUCCCACGCCCACUAACCUCACACAAAUUCCCCCAUAGCUUAUCCAGACCUUUAUCACUGACUUAAAGCUUUGAUUUUAUAUUCCAAAACAUUACUUCAUGUUUUUUUUACUUUAUUUAAAAUUAAGUAAAUAGACGUGUUUUUUUUUUAAUAACAUAAAUGGUUCUGGCUGUAUGUAUAAAUAUCCUGUCGAAGUAACCUUAUCUAAUCACAACACUGUCGAAUGAUAUAAAGAUGAUGAUGUUUGUAUGUGUAUGUGAUGCUCUGCCGUGCUGUGCUUGGCAAAUCUAUAUCUAAAACAGAAGAGAAGGGGCGGUGUGGGUCUUGUCAGUAAAGUAUAAAUGCUCCCUAGUAUGAUUGAGGACAUUUCUGGCUUUGUGUGAGUGUGUAUGUAUGUAUGUAUGUAUGUGUAUGUGUGUGUGUGUACAGUUUUGUGUGUGAAUUCUAGGAUCUAAGGGGAGGUGACAGUUUUAGAAACAUUUUGGCCCCUGUACUUCCUGGCAGAUUUGAUGUCGCACCUAUUUUCUAACACCAAGGCAAGUGAAACCUGAGUCCACCUGGACAAAGAAAUUAUAUCUGUCAGUUCCUCUUAAACACUACUCUGGGUGUGUGUGUGUGUGUGCGUGUGCGUGCGUGCAAUUGUACAUGAAGGGAGUUUGCUGUCAGGAUGGGCCCCUGUAGAAUUGUAGUUAGACUUUCACCUGCUGACAAACUGUACAGAGCUCUUGGGGAGGUAGUCCUGUUACUGUCCCUCCUAUGUGCUCAGAACAUUAAUGACAACUACUACUAACAAUAUUAACUGUAGCUUUGAAAUCAGCGUACUAAUAUUGUAUGAAGAUCAUCUUUGAGGUUUGCACACUGUGUGAAAACCAAUUUUUCAUUUUGUGUGUAUUUUUGUGCUGUAUUUUUCAAUAAUAAAAGUCCAUGGAAUAAAAAAAAAAAAAACC